CGUUGGACACCACUUGAGGGAUGAAUUCCCGCGACCGCAAGUUCUGGACGGAGUUCCUUCUCCUCUACCGAUCUCUUCCGGCCGUCUGGCAGAUCCAGAAUCCCGACUAUGGCUGCCGGGAGCUCAAGACCGCCGGCUAUGAGCAGCUGGUGCGGAAGCUGAGGGAGGUGGAGCCGGAUGCCAAUCGAACUACGGUGGUCAGGAAGAUCAACUCGUUUCGCACUAACUUUAGGCGGGAUCUGCGCCGUAGGGAUCAGUGCUCGGCAAUGGGGGAACACUUUACUUCUACCCUGUGGUACUUUGAUAUCUUGAGUUUCCUUGAGGAUCAGGAUACAGGAGCCAGGAGCCAUAGGUUAAAAGAGCAGAGGUGCAAAGGGUCGCGGUUCUCUUCAAAAGAAGAAGAUGGGGAUGAGUUGACCCAGUCGCCUCAGAAAGUAAUCAAGGAGGAGUUUAUACUUUCCCCGGUUUCUUGUCGUUCACCCACCCAGUCCGUGGCCUUGGAAAAUAACUUGGCUUUAUCUAGUUUUUCUGAAAUUCCCGAAGGAAAAUCCUCUUCCUUUCCUCGUCUGAGUGAAACGGAAGCCUUGAGCCAGGCUUGGGGCCAUCAAUUCGAGGAACUAUCUCAUGGACAGCGAACUAUAGCCCGCAAAUUAAUCUCCGAUAUUUUGUAUUACGGUUGCAUGGAGCAAUUGGAUCCUGUCCUUGUUGGCCAGAUGCAUCAGUUAAUUAAUAAGGCUAAAGGAUAAUGAUAGCGGGGGGAUUUUCCCUCACCUUAAUUCCUCCUUAUUUCUCUCCCUAAAAAUUAUUUUCGCACCAGUUGUCGCAGUUAAUUGUUUGGAAAACAAAACACACACACACACACAACCUUCAAAAGUUAUUUUAAUCCAAAUCCAUUUUCCAUUCGGUCUGCCUUGUCAGGGAAAUUAGCAAAUAAAUGUGCACGAAAUUAA